AUGGCGUCGGUUUCGCCACCCAAACCGUGGGAGAGAGCAGGCACUGCUGGCGGUGGCACUGUGUUAUCAGCGUCCCCCGCCGGUAGUUCGACCAUGACUCCAACAGCCGUCGCUGCGGCACCGCCGACCGCUACCUCGUCCGUAUCCGCAACCACCUCAACAACAUCAUCCUCUACAGCUCCCUCCUUACCUUCUCGCCCUGACACAUUAAACGCUGUUGUAAACCGGACAGCGUCAAACUACUCCCCCUAUGGCGCAUCACGGUUCGGUACCACGCCGUAUGGAACCGGCUAUGGUGGCUAUGGCGCAUAUUCGUCGCCAUACCCCCGCUUCGGUACGAUGGGCUCUAUGUACGGAGGCUAUGGUGGCUACGGGGGUAUGUAUGGCGGCAUGGGAGGCAUGUACGGUGGCGGCAUGCCUGGCGACCCCAAUGACCCCAACAGCUUGACGAAUUCGUUCAGCCAGAGCACGCAGGCUACCUUUCAGAUGAUUGAAAGUAUUGUGGGUGCAUUCGGUGGGUUUGCUCAGAUGCUUGAGAGCACAUAUAUGGCGACUCAUAGCUCCUUUUUUGCCAUGGUCUCUGUUGCCGAGCAGUUUGGCAAUCUGCGUAAUACGCUUGGGUCCGCUUUGGGGAUUUUCACAAUAAUCAGAUGGUUUCGAACUUUGAUUGCGAAGAUCACGGGGCGUCCUCCGCCAGCUGAUGCUGCCUCUCUUACCCCGUCUGCCUUUGCGGCCUUUAUGCAUGGGCGUUCGGCGCCUGCUACGCUCCCAGACGGCUCUCCUGCUCCUCCGAAGCCUUCGAAGAAGCCAUUUUUCAUGUUCCUUAUCGCCGUCUUCGGUCUCCCCUACUUGAUGGGCAAGCUCAUUAAAGCCCUCGCGCGCUCACAGGAGGAACAACGGAAGCAGAUGAUGCUAGGACCAAACGGGGAACCCAUGCAAGCGCCAUUGGAUCCAUCGAAGCUUGAUUUCUGCCGAGUCUUGUAUGAUUACACUCCCGAGUCUCAGGAAAGUGCUGGCAUCGAUCUGGCCGUUAAGAAGGGUGACAUUGUCGCUGUUCUCAGCAAGACGGACCCCAUGGGCAACGCAUCUGAGUGGUGGCGCUGCCGCGCUCGGGACGGCCGUGUUGGCUACCUCCCAGGACCUUACCUCGAAACCAUCCAACGAAGACCUGCGCAGCAGGCUAUCACCUCCGGCAGCGAAGCGGGCAGCCGCACCAAUACUAUGGCAUCGGUCAUUGAAAAGGGCCAGGUCGGCGAUGAGAAGAAGCCAGUCCUGAAGGGGAAAAUGGGUGACAUCUCGCCGGAGAGCUUUCAGAAGAGUGCAUUCUACUCAUAA